UAAUUAUAAUAAUAUAUCUCAUCUUAUAUCUUAUUUUCGAUUAAAAAUGGGUGGAGGAGAUUUGAAUUUAAAAAAAUCAUGGCAUCCAUCUACUAUGAAAAACAUAGAAAAAGUUUGGAAAGCAGAACAACAACAAUGUCAAGAAAAGAAAAAAAUAGCUGAAUUAAAAAAAGAAAUAGAAAUAGAAAAAGAUCGAGAAGAUAUAAAAAAAUAUGCAAUGGAACAAGGUGUGAUAGAAAAAAAAGAUGACAAAAAAUUGGAUUGGAUGUAUAAAGGACCAAAUCAUUUAGUUAAUAGAGAAGAAUAUUUACUUGGACGACCAAUUGAUAAAUCUUUUGAACAAAUGGUUCAAGUAGAAAAGGGUACUGAAUUAAGUCAAGUGUCAAGAAAUCAUGUUGAACAUGAAUGUAUUCCACCAUCAUUACGUUUUUUUUCUGGUAAUGAACAAGUGGAUUUAGUAAGAAAAAUGCAAGAAGAUCCUUUAUAUGCUAUUAAAAAAAAAGAAAUGGAAACAAGAAAUCAAUUAUUAAAAAAUCCUGUUAAAUUAAAACAAUUAAGACAAUUGUUGGAACAGCAAACAAAAAAAGAUAAAAGUGAAAAAAAAAAGAGAAAAAGAAGUAGACAAGAUAUAGAUAGUGAUGAUGAAGCACAAUUAGAUCUAUUAUUGACUACUAAAUAUAAACAAUUAAAAGAAAAAAUUAAUAAUAAAGAUUUAAUAAAAUCAAUGAAAAAGAUAAAACAUAAACAAAAAAGAAAUCUAAAAGAAGAGAAUGAUAAUUCAAGUAGCAGUUCAGAAAGUAGUGAAAAAAGUGAAAAUAAUAAACAUAUAAAAAAAUAUAAAAAAAAAAGAAAUAAAAGUAAAGAGAUAAAUGUUCAAGUUACAAAAUAUAAAGAAAAACAAUCUAUACAUGAUAAAAAAGAAAAAGAAUAUAAAUUACAUGAAAAAUAUAUUAGGACUCGUAGUUUAAGCAGAGAAAGUGAUAAUAGUUCAAUUCAAGUAAGGAAAGAUAAAUUAUAUAAAAAAGACAUAACUAAACAUAGAGAUAAAAAAAUUCGUUUAAAAAGUCCUCAAGAUAGAAGAAAUAAUUUUUUUAACAAUAAGUAUAAUGAUAAAAGUAAUUUUGAGGACAAAGAUAAAAAUAUUUCAAAGAAAUUACAUCAAAGAGAAACAUAUUUUAAAUUAUCUUCUGAUAGAACUAAAAAAUAUUACAAAGAAGACAGAAAUAGAGAUAAAUGGAAUUUUAAGAAGAAACAAAAUCUUACAGAAGAAGAAAAAGAACAACGUAGGCAAGAAAUGAUAGCAAAUGCAACAUGGAGAGAUAAAGAAAGAGAACAAAAUGUUAAAAAAUAUCGCGAAGAAGAAAAAAAAGAAAUAGAUAAUAGAAAAGUAUAUAAUCAAGAUUUUCUUAGAAAACAAUUAGCAGUUGCUGCAGAUAUAGGAACAGUUGCCUCUAGAAUUAAAGCUAAUAUAAAUAAUAUACAACGAUCUGGAGGAGCUAUGGAUAUAAAUUUCGCUAGAAGAUGAUUUUAAAUGAUCUAAAUUUAUAUAAUUAUGUAAAUUUCAUCGAACUAGAAUUCUAGAAUUAUAAAUGUAAUCUAUAAAAAUAUAUAUA